AUGAUAUGUGAUGUACAGGAGGAGCGAACCAUCCGUGAUCGGACCCUCCUGGAGGUGAGGGACUCGGAUCACCACAUCCAGUGGAAGGUCAAGUUCAACCUGGGCAACAGCAGCAGGCAGAUAUCACAGUGCAGAAACUCCAUUCAGGGAAAGAAACUCCUUACUGAUGAACUGGGUUACGUGUGUGAGAGGAAUGAUUUACUGGUGAACGGAUGUUGUAAUGUAAAUGCUCCCGGCUCAAGUCAGUAUGUCUGUAAAAGCUGUCUGGCCAAUGGAUGCUGCAGCGUCUAUGAGUUCUGUGUCUCCUGUUGCCUUCAACCUGACAAGCAACCGCUUUUGGAGCGAUUUCUGAACCGAGCUGCCGAAGGUUUCCAGAACCUCUUCACUGCGGUGGAGGAUCAUUUUGAGUUAUGCCUGGCAAAAUGUCGCACUUCCUCACAGAUUUUAGCGGCAUCUAAAGGUGAGGUUGCGUAUUACAACCAACCGCGCAGUCCAUUGCUCACCCCUCCCUUUCGAAACGCAUGGAGAAGCUAUGGUACUCGCCACAGGACAAACAUAGUGGGACAACGUAGUGACAAAAUGAGCUCUAUAGACGUUGCAGCAGUAACAACAUAA